AUGCAUGCGAGACACGUACUCGUCCCCUCCGUCUUCCUCUUCGUCGUCGCGCUCUGUACCGUCGUCCUACCCCCGCCUCGGUGGCCAAGGUCGACGUCGUUCUUCCAGUCGUCUUGGUUGCCUCCGGUCAACAGAAGAGAGCACGGCGACAGCGCCGACGGCCACCCAUGCGACUAUUCAGACGGACGAUGGGUUCAACGCGACGGACAUGCUGGAGCGGAGCCGGAACGGCAGGAUCGUCUUCGCCGGGACUCGAUCGGCCGGAACCAGUGGGAGUCCAUGGUGUGCAUGCUCGCCGCCGCCGUGCCGCCCACGGCCAGCGCGUCGUCGUCCAGAGUGUACGAGCGGUCCGGGAAGCCGAUCAGCCGGCACAAGGGCUACCUCGCCAUGGUUUUCGCCGACUACAACCUCUCCGUGGAGUACUACCGCGCGCCCAUGAUCGUGAUGGUCCACCGCUUCCCGGCGGCAAACGAGACAGGCAGCGGCGUGAGGGGAGCCGUCCGCCUGGACGUGUUGCCACGGCACGCCGACCGGUGGGCCGGUGCCGACGUGCUCGUGCUUAACACCGGCCACUGGUGGAACCAGCACAAAACCGUCAAGGCGUACAGGAAACUAUUUUAUGGUUGGCGACCACUUGACAAAACCAUGCGCAUCAAGGACGCUUUUCGACGGUCUCUGGAAACGGUGAAAGAUUGGGAACUAAGUAGUGCUCGAUUUUCGAAAAGCUAUUUCUUCUUCGGGAGUUAUUCUCCCUCGCAUUACAGCAAUGGCACCUGGGACACUGGUGGUUCGUGCGCCGGCCACCGAGAACCACUACUGACCACUAACGCCCACUCCGGUGAAGAGUACUCAUGGAUGAACGCGAUGAUUGCCAAGAUGACAGAUGGCAUCAAGAGCCACGGGAGGAAGGCUACGUUUUUUAAUAUCACUCACAUGACGGAGCUCAGACCAGAUGGCCACCCGUCAGGGCACAGGGAGCCCGGAACGCCGCCGGACGCGCCGGAGGAUUGCAGCCACUGGUGCCUCCCCGGCGUGCCGGACGUUUGGAAUCAGGUCCUCUACGCAUAUCUCUUGUCCACACGGUAUGACACGCGCAGGAACAACAGAUAA